AUGGGCCCCUGUACCGCCUCCUCAUGCUGCUGCCAGGCCCGUAAUCUGCCAUGGGCCCCCGUACCGCCUCCUCAUGCUGCUGCCAGGCCCGUAAUCUGCCAUGGGCCCCCGUACCGCCUCCUCAUGCUGCUGCCAGGUCCAGAGUGUCUCAUGGGUCCCUGUACGGCCUCCCAUUGCUGCUGUCUCCAUCGCCACACUCUGCCAUGUGCCACUUUCAGGUCUCCUCACACUGCUGGUGGGUUCCAUUUUGUCAUAGGGUGCUGUAUGGCCUCCCAUUGCUGCUGCCUCCACCGCCACACUGUGGCUCCACACUCUGGUUUUGGCCCCGUGACUGCCCAAAUGAGUAAAGUGUGCGGUGAUUCUAAGAUCGACGGCACUCAUCUGCAUGUCAUACUGACUGACAGUAUUAUUUCUCUUCCCCAGCAGACUCCAAGGGCAUUUAAAUUAAAGGUACAGUGUUCUGCACUAAUAUAA